CCAAAGCCAUAUUUUGUCAGCCUGUAAGCAUUAAGCGUCGGUGGCGUGGCAGUCACUGCCCAACGAACGGGCGAGCGAGGUAGCGACGAGAGAGACAAGAGCAUGGACUGGUCGUCGGCGAGGAGGAAGUGUAACGGCGAGGAUUUUGCCGGCUUACUUCGGAAGUCGUGGUACCAUCUUCGUCUCUCCGUCAGGCACCCCAAGAGGGUUCCAACGUGGGACGCUAUCGUGCUUACGGCCGCGAGUCCCGAGCAGGCCGCCCUCUAUGAAUGGCAGCUCGAGCGAGCCAAGAGCAUCGGCCGCAUCGCCGAAUCCACCGUCACGCUGGCCGUCCCCGAUCCCGACGGCGCCCGCAUCGGUUCUGGGGCCGCCACUCUCCACGCCAUUUCUGCCCUCGCUCGCCAUCUGAUCCGUGUUGGUCUCAUUUCUCCCCAGUUAUCAAAUAACAAGGAUGAGAAUGCAACAGCUUCAACAAAUGAGUUGACCAAUGAUAAUGAAGCCCAGGCGAUUAUAGAACUUUUUGCAAAAUGGAGUAUUCUAAUGCUUCAUGCUGGGGGUGACUCUAAGAGGGUUCCAUGGGCAAACCCAAUGGGCAAAGUUUUCCUCCCACUUCCAUAUUUGGCAGCAGAUAAUCCUGAUGGCCCUGUUCCACUACUUUUUGAUCACAUACUUGCAAUUUCUUCUAAUGCAAGGCAAGCUUUUAAAAAUGAAGGUGGGAUCUUCAUCAUGACGGGAGAUGUACUACCUAUUUUUGAUGCAUCGACCAUAAUUCUCCCUGAUGAUGCUUCUUGCAUCAUCACAGUUCCUAUCACCGUGGAUAUAGCAUCCAAUCAUGGGGUUGUUGUUGCAUCCAGAAAUGGAGUUAUGAAUGAGAGCUAUUCCCUUUGUUUGGUUGAUAAUCUUCUGCAAAAGCCGUCAAUGGAAGAACUAAUAGAAAGUGAGGCUAUUCUACAUGACGGAAGGACGUUGCUUGAUACAGGAAUAAUAGCAAUAAGGGGUAAAGCGUGGGUUGAACUUGCUAUGCUUGCAUAUUCUUCAUGCCACAUUGUGAUCCAGAAACUGUUGGGGAGUAGAAAUGAGAUGAGUUUGUAUGAAGAUCUGGUUGCAGCUUGGGUACCUGCAAAACAUGAAUGGUUGAAACAGAGGCCUUUAGGUAAAGAACUGGUAAAUGCAUUAGGCGGACUGAAGAUGUUCAGCUAUUGUGCUUAUGGCCUGUCAUUUUUACAUUUUGGUACUUCAAGUGAAGUUCUGGAUCAUUUAAAUGGGGCUGAUUCAAGCCUAGUAGGUCGUAGGCACUUAUGUUACGUUCCAGAUACCACCGUCUGUGAUAUUGCUGCAUCUGCAGUUAUCCUUUCGAGCAAAAUUUCACCUGGUGUUUCAAUCGGCGAGGAUUCGUUGGUUUAUGAUUCUUCCCUUUCUGGUAGAAUACAGAUUGGUUCACAAUCCAUUGUUGUUGGUGUGAAUACUGAAGGAGCUUGCAUUGAAACACAGGAUGAAAUUGAAUUUAUAUUACCUAAUCGACAUUGCCUUUGGGAGGUUCCGUUGGUAGGAUGCAUGGGAACUAUCAUUAUCUACUGUGGACUCCAAGAUAAUCCAAAAAGGCCAGCUGAAGAUGAUGGGACAUUUUGUGGCAAGCCAUGGAGAAAAGUUUUACUUGAUUUAGGCAUUCAAGAAACAGAUUUAUGGAGUUCACCAGACACCAAGGACAAAUGCUUGUGGACUGCCAGGAUUUUUCCCGUUCUAUCACCAUCGAAGAUGCUUAGUUUAGGCAUGUGGCUCAUGGGCUCAAGAUUUUUCGACCGCAAAGAUAUGAUUUCCAUGUGGAAGAGUUCGCGACGUGUGAGCCUGGAGGAACUUCAUUGCUCCAUCGAUUUUCCUCGAAUUUGCGAGGCUGCUCGUAAUCAUCACGCUGAUCUGGCAUCUGGAUUUGCUAAAGCCUGCAUGGCAUAUGGACUGCUUGGACGGGAUAUUUCUCAACUGUGUGAUGAAAUUUUACAGAAAGAUACUUCAGGAACUGAAAUUUGCAAAAAACUUCUUUCACUUUGUCCCACUGUCGAGGCUCAAAAUCCUGGGGUUCUUCCUCGAAGCAGGGCAUAUCAGGUGCAGGUUGAUCUUCUUAGGGCUUGUAGGGAUGAUUCAGCGGCUUGCGCAUUGGAGCAAAAAAUAUGGACUGCUGUUGCCAAUGAAACUGCUUCAGCUGUAAAAUUUGAAAUUCAAGAUCGGAUCUUUGACUCUGGUGAGACGAAUUGCAAGUUAAAUGGUAACAACAAUCAUGAAAAUAUCAUUUUCCAAUCAAGAAAAGUAGUUGUAGAGCUGCCAGUUCGGGUUGAUUUUGUUGGGGGUUGGAGUGAUACACCACCAUGGAGUUUGGAGCGCUCAGGUUGUGUUCUGAAUAUGGCAAUAAAAUUAGAAGGCUCUCUUCCAAUCCGGACUGAGAUUGCAACAACAGAACAUACUGGGAUACUUAUCAUAGAUGAUGCAAACAAUCAGUUACAUAUCAAAGAUCCAGGCUCAAUUUGUACACCAUUUGACAAAGAUGACCAUUUUCGGCUUGUUAAAUCUGCUCUUCUUGUCUCAGGCAUUGUCCAUCAUAAAAUUUUGGUGAGCUCUGGCAUUAAGAUCAGGACGUGGGCAGAUGUUCCCCGUGGAAGUGGGCUAGGGACUUCCAGCAUAUUAGCUGCAGCUGUUGUAAAAGGGCUUCUUUCUCUAAUGAGAGAAGAUGAAAGUAAUGAAAAUGUUGCUAGAAUUGUUUUGGUGCUUGAACAAAUUAUGGGUACAGGAGGAGGAUGGCAAGAUCAAAUAGGAGGACUAUACCCAGGCAUAAAAUGCACAUACAGUUUUCCAGGACAUCUAUUACGAUUGCAAGUCUUCCCCCUAGUACUUUCGCCUCAGCUUGUGCGGCAUCUCGAACAACGUCUUCUGGUAGUUUUCACCGGUCAAGUACGGCUCGCCAACCAAGUAUUGCAAAAGGUGGUUACUCGGUAUCUUCGCAGAGAUAACCUGCUGAUAUCAAGCAUCAGGCGCCUCGCAGCAUUGGCGAAAAUGGGAAGGGAAGCUUUAAUGAAUGGUGAUAUUGAUGAGGUGGGUGACAUAAUGCAAGAGGCAUGGAGGCUUCAUCAAGAAUUGGAUCCAUAUUGCAGUAAUGAGUUUGUGGACAAGCUCUUUGCCUUCGCCGACCCCUACUGUGUCGGCUACAAACUUGUCGGUGCCGGCGGAGGUGGUUUUGCUCUGCUGUUAGCCAAAGACCAUUGUUGCGCACAAGAGUUGCGACGAGCGCUUGAAAACUCUCCAGAUCUUGAUGUGAAAACUUACAAUUGGAGCAUCUUUUUGGGAUAGAUGCAACUGAUCAUUCUAUUCUGUUAAAAUUGCUGAGUAUGUCAAAUCAGCUGGUGGAAGAUGGAUUCUUACGGAAGAAUAUUUCUUCCUAUGAAGUGGAUUCAAGAAGAGAAUUUAUCUAAUUGAAUAAGGCUCAGGUAAAUUUAAUGAACCUUAUACUUGUUUUAUUAGCAUUUCAUUUGUUCAAUUAGAAGUGCUUUUGUCCAGAUUACACACUGAUAAUAUGGAAAGGGGCAGAGCAGCUUUUAUCUUGAUACAAACAUGUAUUGUAUAACAAUGAUUGAUGAUCUGAGCAACCAUUACUUAUUUUUGUUCUUUUGUAUGUGAAGCAUCAUUUGGUUAGAAACCAGAAGGUUCUAAA